AUGUAUUAUUCAGGACCAUGGGUUGCGGGUGUCUUAUACACGCGUCGUGGAGCAAGUAUUGCCACUGGAAAUGAUAAUAAGCUUUUGAGCUUAUUUAAAUUUUGUUGGAUGCUUCAUCAGUGUGAUUAUUGUAGCCAUCUACAAAAGUCUUUGGCAAACGACUUAUUUUUGCAAAAACGUGGGACUAAGUAUGAGUUGAACUUUAUUAUGGAUCGACAUGUGGCUGAAGUUGCUAUUGAGGCACUCAAGGAAAAACGCAUCCGAUUAGCUCAUCAACUUGAGGUGUUAAUGGGAAUUGAAUUAGAUGAAAAACAAUUGAAAGAGGAUUUGUAUGCAGCAUUCAUUAAACAUCACAGAAAGCAAUUUCCUCAAAUUACAAUUGGCAACAUACACGAAUACUUUUUGAAGCAACGAAAUGCUUUGGGAAGACAAGUUAUUUUAAAAAACUUGAAAAUUAAAUUAAAUAUUUACAAGGUGAUUGUCGAUGUUGUAAAGGAUGAGUUGUAUACGGCACUUGGGAAUGCAAAUAGCCAAUUUUGGGGGCAAAUCGAUUGUGAAACGGCCAAUGAUAUUUGUUGUUAUGCAGCGAGAUACAUGAAACGAGGUGUUUUAUAUUUUGUAACUUUUUAA